AUGUUUCAACCUUUUGAGAAAUACUGUGUGAACCAGACAUCUGCAACUGAACUUCUUGAGCAACUAGAACAUGAAAAAGAAGUGCUGCGUGCAUUUCUGCAAGUCUCUCAGGCAGAAAACAGUGUACUCCGGCGAAUGAAUCUAAAAUCUUUCCUCAUGGUUCCAGUGCAGAGGAUCAUGAAGUACCCUCUUUUACUGACCCGCCUUUAUAAGUCAACAUCAAUGCGACAUCAAGACUGUGCCUUCUUACAAGAAGCUCUGACAGGAAUUGAAAGAAUUUUGGAAGAAAUCAAUGCUAAAACUAAAGGCACUGGCUCAGUGAAACUGAAGAGAAAGCGGUCUGAAUUGCGAAGGCAUAGCUCUACAGAUAAAUUUGAAUUAGUCAAGACAGCACUGAAUCUUCUAGAGUGGAACCAACAUGAAGUCCAUGAUAUUUUGGUAGGAAGUUUACAGUACACACAACCACAAGAUCAUUUCUGGACAGCUAAGAAAUGCCGCAAUCUCAAAUUCACACCUGUACAUGCUUUAUUGCUGACAAGAGGAGAGCCUCAACAAGAGAGUACCAUCACAAAGAAGUUGCUUUUUACACAGCAAACUAUGGUUAGACAAGCAGCUCUUGUUCUCCUUCGAGGUAAAGGUGGAAGAUAUCAAGCUGUUAGAGUAAGUUUCUUCAAUUGUUUUCUUUCUUUUCCUUUUUGCCUUUUCAUUCAGAAACAGUGUUGA